AAAGUAAUGUGUGCUAUUGAAACUAACAUGACCUCGAGUCAAUACUCUUUGCAAUGCAACCAUUGAACAAAUACGUCUUACCGUGUGAUUUGAAUUGACGAUUUAAAUUUAAAAACGUAUUUUAUAUGCAAUACCAGGUUAAUGUACCAGGUGGAAAAGACCAUGUUUUUGUUGUUGAACUCUCAUAUUCUCGAUCAAAAUGGCGGUGCAUCAAUUCAUGUUAAGUUGUGUAUUAGCAACCAUUUUUCCUGAUGCAGUUUGGAGCGGCACGUAUUGCUACUAUUAUUAUUACUCAUACUACUGUUACUAUUAUUACUACAACUAUGACAUACCCAUUGGAUCUAUCAUUGGUGCAGUGGUGGGAGGAAUCAUUAGUCUCAUAUUUUUGUGCGUCAUUAUUGUUGCCGUCUGCAUGGUCUGUUGUAAGAAGAAGACAACAGGAACCGUAAUCCAGCCAGCCGGUUUUUCAACAACAUAUAAUACACAUCCCCAGUAUCCUCAAAGUUGGGGAGUACAGCCAACAGCUCCACCUAUUCCGGGAUAUAGCUAUAGCCAUCAACAACCGUAUCCACCCCCGCCACCUGUGUCACAGACGAUGCCCCCGCCGACGUAUGCCGAGAGCGUGGUUUCCGGACAACCCCUACGAUUUUCCAGUUAAAUAAACAUUAUUUAAGAAUGUGUCUCUUUUGAAUUUAUCUUAUUCACAAUGCUUAGUGAGGGAUUUAAUUGACAUUCGAAGUUUAAACGUACCUAUAAUUGAUUUUUUCUUAUAGACACAGAGUAGUAUUCGCAAAAUCCACGCUAAUCUCAAAAUCUUUCUUAAAAUGUCUUGAAGUGAAUUGUUUUGUACGCAUUUAAAAAAAAACAAAA